AUGCCUUGCCAUCCCGUUGAGCCCCCGUUCGAGGUCCGCGACAUUCCCAGUCUUCGUGGUUAUAUCGCCAUCGUUACUGGCGGAAACUCUGGAAUUGGCUUUGAAACCACUCUCCAGCUCGCCCUCAAGGGUGCCCGUGUCUACAUCGCCAGUCGCUCAAGCGACCGCGUCAACAAGGCCAUCGCAGAAAUGCACAAGAACAGCCCUGAUCUAGACCUCCACUUCCUCAAGCUAGAUCUUCAAGAUCUUCAAAGUAUCAAGGCCACCGCUGCCGACUUUAUGAGCAGAGAAAACCGCCUUGACAUACUCAUCAACAACGCUGGUAUCAUGUCUAGUCCCUGGGAGUUGACCAAAGAUGGACACGAGAUUCAGUGGCAGACUUGCUUCCUUUCGCACCACGCCCUUACUAUGUCAUUGAUGCCCCUUCUCGUGUCAGCCGCUCAAGUCAGUGGACGAAUGGACCGCGUGAGAAUUAUCAAUGUUGCUAGUGACAUGGCCCUCAGAAUGGGACCUGAAGUUAUUAACUACGACGACCCCAACCUCACUGACGAGACCGGAAGACUGGCUCCAUGGAAGAGAUACGGCCACUGCAAGGAAGCCAGCAUCAUCGCUGCCAAAGCCAUCACAGAUCGCUACCAUUCCCUGGGUGUCACAGCAUACUCUAUCCACCCCGGUCUUGUCAAGUCCAACCUUCAGUCUCACAACCCUACUAUGCUGGGUGCCAUGUCCCGCAUGAUGUUCAAGGUCGGACCGUCUUCUACUCCUCUCGAGGGAGCCAUGAACUCGCUCUUCUGCGCCACGAGCCCCAAGGUCUAUGAGCACGCUGGUAGAUACUAUGUCCCAGUUCAGAAGCUCGACGACAGGGCAAACAAGUGGCUUGAUGAUGCGCAGGCUGUCAACAAGUUGUGGGACUUGGCCACAAGACAGUGCAGGGAUCACGGAUUUAUCAUCGACGAUUUGCCAGGUUACUACAAUUAG